AUGACGGGAACAAGAGGAUUGAAAGGAAAUCCAGGCUCACUGGGUAAAAAUGGUGCUCCUGGAAUGAUGGGAAUAAAAGGAGAUAAAGGUCAUGAAGGGUCACGUGGAAGCAGUGGACCGCCAGGAAUCAAGGGUGUGAAAGGAGAGCAGGGAUCUAAAGGAGAGAAAGAAGAAAUCGUGAAUAGUGCAGUGUCACAGACCAACUGGAAACAGUGUGUGUGGAAAAAUGCUGAUAGUAGAGAUAGUGGAAAGAUUAAGGUACAGAAACAUCUAGAAAAUGUAAUGAAAAAUAAAUGAAGAGUUAGAGCCAAUUUGUAAUGGCCAUCUUUGAAAGAGACUUUUGAGAAAUACCGCUAAACUAAAAACAUCAGUUAAUCAAUUAACAAUUCUGUGCGUUAUCAAAGGCAGGAGAAGUUCAAGGUCAUCAUCAAAUUGUUUCCUAUAACGCUAUUAUAAGCAUUUUUUUUGCACUAAGACUGUCUUCAUGGCAUUUUUUAUAGGACUGCUUAUUCAACAAGAUUCAAUCUGAUACAGCUAUUAAAGUCUCAUUCCAGGGAAAUACACUAGUCUAUGGCAGUUCAGUUAAAUGCAACCGGUGGUUCUUCAAGUUUAAUGGAAAUGAAUGCAGUGGACCAAUGACAAUUGAGGCUGCUGUGUACAACAAUUGGCCAUCUGGGAGUCCUAAUCUGCUUCAUCACAGAUCAUUUGAGGGAUACUGUGAAAAUAUGCCACAGGGUAGAGUUACUGUGGAGUUAUGGGUAGGACAGUGUCACGGUAGUCGUACACUGGGUGAUGCUAAAACUGGAUGGAACUCAGUAUCCCAGAUAAUUAUAGAGGAAGUCUCCAGAGCCCAGUCCUGA